GAUUAUUUAAGCAUUCACUCAGGGCGGCUAAAUUCGGAGGGUAGGCAGCAUAGGCUGGCGCUUAAUCAUAAUGGCGCUGCUUGCUUGUGAGUGGUUUAUCUUCUUACGCGUCGCAAUUCUUCUCGGCAAUCCAAGGUUCUUCUAGCGAGUCAAUUGUGUUUCACACAGGGUUAAAGUGCCUUACACGGCUUUCUUCCUUCUUUUUUAGCCUCUUUUUGUGAUCACAGUCAGAAGAGCCUCAACCCUGCCUUGCGCCAAAUAUACACAGUCAGUAGCCCACGUCUCGGAACAGUAUAUACGUGGGGUGCAUGUCAACCUUUUGGAGUGACUCUCUUCUUUUCUUGAUCAUCAGCAUCUUCCCUUUACCACAUACAAGAUGUCUUCAACACAACUCGCUCGUGCUUUUGGUCGUUCUACCUUAAGCCUUGGCUCAGGUCGUCUUGCUUUACGUUCUGCCAGCACAUGGGCAAAAGUGGCAGCCGGACCACCGGAUCCAAUUUUGGGUGUUACAGAAGCAUUCAAACGUGAUCAAGAUCCAAGAAAAAUUAAUUUGGGUGUUGGUGCUUAUCGUGAUGAAAAUGGUAAACCUUAUGUUUUGCCUUCGGUUCGUAAAGCUGAAGAACUUGUCAUCUCAAAAGGUGGUGAUAAAGAAUAUUUACCAAUCACCGGUCUUGCCGAUUUCACAAAAAAUGCUGCUAAACUAGCUUAUGGAAGUGAUAGCGCACCCCUCAAAGAAGAUAGAAUCGCAAUCACUCAAUCAAUCUCAGGUACAGGUGCUUUGCGUAUCGGUGGUGCAUUCUUGCAACGUCAUUAUCCUCACUCCAAAACCAUCUUCUUGCCUACACCAAGUUGGGGAAAUCACACUCCAAUCUUCAAGGAUAGCGGUUUGGAAGUGAAGCAAUACCGUUACUACGACAAAAACACUGUUGGUUUGGAUUUGAAGGGAAUGUUGGAGGACAUCAAAGCUGCACCGAACAAAUCCAUCAUCCUCUUGCACGCUUGUGCCCAUAACCCUACCGGUGUUGACCCAACAAAGGAAGACUGGAAACAAAUCUCCGAAGCUAUCAAAGAAAAGGAACACUUCCCUUUCUUUGAUAUGGCUUACCAAGGUUUCGCAAGUGGUGAUAUCGAUCGCGAUGCAUAUGCAGUUCGUCAAUUCGUCAAAGAAGGACAUCAAAUCGCAUUAAGUCAAUCAUUUGCAAAGAAUAUGGGUUUGUAUGGUGAACGUGUUGGUGCAUUUUCGCUUGUUUGUGCAGAUGCAGAAGAAAAGGCAAGGGUUGAUAGUCAAGUGAAGAUCAUCGUUCGUCCUUUGUACUCCAAUCCACCCGUUCAUGGUGCACGAAUUGCAGGAUCAAUCUUGGCCGAUCAAGGUUUGUACAACCAAUGGUUAGGCGAAGUGAAGGGAAUGGCAGACCGUAUUAACGGAAUGCGCUCUGAAUUAAAGGGACUCUUGGUCGAUGAUCUAGGCAACAAGAACAACUGGGAUCACAUCACAAAUCAAAUUGGUAUGUUUGCUUUCCUCGGUAUCUCACCUCAACAAGUUGAAAAAUUGAUCAAUGAACAUCACGUUUAUUUGACAAAAGAUGGUCGUAUUAGCGUUGCUGGUAUCACACCUCACAACGUCAAGCAUUUGGCUGAAUCUUUGCACAAGGUUACCUCAUAAAUACCUUGCAGCAAUGAUGGAAAAACGCUGAAUAAUGCUUCAUAUCUUCUUAUUAAUACACUUUAUAUAAGUCACAAAAUAUCAUCAAUAGACUCAUGACCAUUUGAGAAGCUAAAGACUGGCAAAAAAGAAGUGGAACGCAAUUUAAAGAAUAUUAUUGCAGAGAUCAGAAAGCAA